CACAAAAGCCUAUAAAUAGCAUGAUCUUGACCGAAUUUGCGCCUUCAUAUUAGGAACCUCAAAUCCGCCCUAUUCUCUGUGGACUUUCUCACUCUCCACACACACUACAUUUUCCUUCAUCUCCAUUUCCCUUUCGAUUCUUUCGCAUAAACCCUAACCCUUAUCACCUCAAUCGACUUCUUAUCUCCAUUUCUUUCAUUAAUGGCGGGUAAGAGAUCAGCUAUCCUUCGAUCAUCGACCUCCGGUGACACCUCCAUUCUUUCUGGUGGUUCUAUUUUUGAAUCCGAAAUCCGUUGGUCGGUUCUGGAUUCCUCUCGCAAGAAUUCACAAUUGAAUCAAUCGAUUCAGAUUAUGGAUCCGGAAAUGAACCAACCGCAGAUUGUUCGGAAAAGAUCGUCUGUUGAUCAUCGGCCUUCGAUUUUCUCAAUUGGCAAUUCUGAUCAUGUUUUUGUUGAUCGAAAGUGGGACGAAUUAGCUCAAUUUGGUUGCUUUCUUGAGAAAUGUUUCUUGUGUAAAAAGAAAAUUAGUGAAGAUGAUGAAGUUUUCAUGUACAGCAACCUGCGAGCCUUUUGCAGCUAUGAAUGUCGCAAAAAACAGAUUAAUAUGGAUGACGAUCUGAAGAAACUGGCUGCAAAAAGGAAGUUGAAGUAUGGAAAGCGUAGGUUUUAGCGGAUAGGUUUAUACUUUAUAGCUAGUGUCACCUUAGAAUCCUCAUGUCUAGAAGUAGCAAGCUUUUCAAGUUUUUGCGAUUAGCUGGCGCAUUCCAUUGUAGUGUCUGCUGAAUGCUUAAAUUAUCCUUAUUGCUCGGACAACCUUAUUUCUCUCGGCCAUUAUGAGGUUUUGUACAGCUCUUCAAUACUUUUGUAGUUCUUUAUUGAUUUGAGAGACAAUAGAGAUUAGUUAAGACUUUAUAAUUGAUCGUUUUCUUUUUUAGAAUGAUUGGUAUGAUUUUCUUAUAUAAUAUAUUAUGAACUAUGAUGGUUCUAUUUAUUGCUUGGGUGUUAGUUAUUGUGCUUUGAAAAGUUGCCAAGUUUCAUCUAUGUUGUGCCGAACCAUGAAAAUAUCGGUAUACAACAAAUAACGUUCCAUUAUCUUGAUAUUGUUUGAUGAAAAUAAUCACUUUAUGUGGAUGUCAGAUUUUCUCAAGUUUACU